AUGAUAUCUGCCGAUGGAACACUUGCACCAAAUACUUUAACUACUCUUCCUCCACCGGGUUUUGGACCUUUACGGAUGCCAACAACACAGACAUCCAAUCGUCUAGAUUCUUCAGCCGCAAGCCUUUCGUCACCUUCUUCAGCUGGUUCUACAAUUCCAACGCCAAUAGCAGUAAAUCAUACGCCAUCAAAGGACGCAAAAUUAGUACCAAAUGAAAAGGUGCAACCAUCAACCAGUGUGUCAGUAGCGACGGCUCGAUCAACUGCUUCAGUAGCGAACACUAUUCUACAACGUCAAAACAACUCAGAAACCUUGACACCUUCUACGGCAGUGUUGCCACAAACUAGGAAUUCAUUACCUGCACCACCUACUAUACCUCAAAUGAGUUAUACUUCACCGCUGUCAACAUUAAACAAUCAAAUACAGUCAAAAACUUCAUCAUCAGUAACGAACAAUCUGUUGAGUACAACAUUUUCUGGCAAUAACUUGACUAACUACAACAACGGCUUACUUACUGAAAUGGCUUUAUCAAACUCAGCUUUACUGCAGAACAAUGCUGCGGCAUAUCUCCUUCAACAGCAGCAGUCGCAAAUAUUAUCAAAUGCUAACCUUGGUGGACUGUUAGGUACACAACUGGCUCAUUCGCAAAAUAUCAUUAAUAACGUUACACCGAGUAAUACCGCUAAUCUGAUACCAUCAAUGACAAAUACCAAUAGUUUUGUAGCUCCAGUUCCUUCACUUAUUGGUUCGGAUGUGUUACGUCAAUAUCAGCAUCAGCAACAACAACAUCAAAAUUUAAAUUCGCUUCAGCUGAACAAUCCGACAGCUUUAGCACCAGAUCUGCUUAGCGUUUAUAAAUUGUUACUAGAAUCUUCCGGAUUACAGAAUUAUCAAACACAGUUAAAAAAAAUUGAAAAUCCAACUGCUUUUCUCAGUCCAAAUGCUGGAAUUACGACAUAA